CGGUUGUAAUCUGAGGUCAAUAUGGCAACCUCCUUGUAGUACAUCCGCGUCACAGCCAGUGAGUUUGAAGGCAAAACCAGACUUCUCAAUGUGAUUCUGAAUAAGUCUAUGCCACAUGCUCAUGAAGAAACUUGCCUCCCUGAGAUGUGCCUCCCUGAUUUGUAGACACUCCAGUCACCUGGCCACACAGCACUAUGAUGUUAUUGUGGUGGGAGGGGGCCAUGCAGGCACAGAAGCUGCUGCAGCAGCUGCCAGACUGGGUGCUGAAACACUUCUGGUCACACAAAAAAUAUCAACCAUUGGCGCCCUGUCUUGCAAUCCAUCUCUUGGAGGAGUAGGUAAAGGCCAUCUUGUGAAGGAGGUUGAUGCGUUAGACGGCUUGUGUGGAAGAGCUGGAGACUGGGCUGGAAUUCAUUUUUCCAUCUUGAACAAGAGGAAAGGUCCAGCAGUGUGGGGCCCUAGGGCCCAACUAGACAGACAGCGUUACAGGGAAUUUAUUCAGACCGAGUUGUUGAACACACCCAAAUUAACACUUUUAGAGGGUGCCGUGGAUGAGCUGCUGGUGACAGAAGCAAGCACAGAAGGGCCUGGUCACCACAAAGUCACUGGCAUACGAUUAGCUAAUGGAAUCCACCCCUUCUCUGCCAGCUCUGUCGUUCUCACUACUGGCACCUUUCUAUCUGGGUCCUUAUUUGUGGGCUGUACCACCUCUCCUGGGGGGCGAAUUGGAGAUGCUCCUUCAGCUUCUGGACUGUCCCACACACUGAAGGACAUUUUGGGGCUAAAAAUGGGCAGACUCCGGACAGGCACACCUCCAAGGAUUAUUAAGGAUUCUGUGGAUUUUUCUCAGGCUAACUAUCAUCCACCUGACAGUCAACCAAGACCCUUCAGCUUUCUCAAUCUUCAAACCCACUGCAAACCAGAAGAGCAGCUGCCAUGUUACCUGACCUACACUACUCCUGGUGUUGAGCAAGUGGUGCAUGACAGCCUCCAUCUUAAUUGCCAUAUACAGCAAGACACAAAAGGCCCCAGAUAUUGCCCGUCAAUUGAGUCUCGUGUGCUGCGGUUCCCGGGGAGGAGUCAUCAGGUGUGGUUGGAGCCAGAGGGACUGAGCUCUGACCUGGUUUACCCUCAGGGUCUGUCCAUGACUAUGCCACCAGACAUGCAGCUCCGCCUCAUCAGAGAGAUACCUGCCUUACACAGAGCUCAGAUCCACACACCAGGUUACGGCGUACAGUAUGACUUUGUGUGUCCCACUCAGCUUAGCCCUAGUUUACAGGUGAAAAGCACUCAGGGGCUUUUCUUGGCAGGACAAAUCAAUGGAACAACAGGAUAUGAAGAGGCUGCUGCUCAGGGAUUGUGGGCUGGAGUGAAUGCUGCACGCUCUGCCCUCUCCAAACCACCAGUGGUGCUGUCUCGCACUGAGAGCUACAUAGGAGUUCUCAUUGAUGAUUUGGUGAGUCGUGGGGUCACUGAGCCAUACCGAAUGUUUACCAGCCGGGCAGAGUUUCGAACAUCACUACGGCCAGACAACGCAGACCUUCGUCUCACUCUCAAAGGAUUUGAAGAGGUGGGCUGUGUGUCCCUGCGUCGGUAUAAAGAGGCUGUGAGGGCUCGAGAUCAUCUCCAGGAUGGACUAGCAGCUCUUGAGGACCUGUCUCUGUCUUCUCACAGCUGGAGACACAAGUUGCCCAACAUCAACAUGAGUCAGAAUAAGAGCACCGUUAUGACUGGUAUUGAAAUUCUGCAGUACAGUGAGGUGUCAUAUGAAAUGCUAUGCUCAGUAUUUCCACAGCACCUUUCGCUUUACAUAGAAUUCUCUCAAAGAAUCAAGAUUGAAGCUGUUUACAGGCCCCACUGUGAUGAACAAAGGAAAGAGAUAGAGAGGAUUCAGAAAGAGGAGAGCAUGGUCCUCUCUCCAGACAUAGAUUAUCUCUCUCUGCCUGUGUCACUGUCUCAAGAGGUCAGAGAAAUACUGGACAGGAUCCGACCAAGCACUCUUGGUGCUGCUUCACGUUUACAAGGCGUUACUCCUGCUGCAAUAGUACACCUUCUCAACUAUGUCCAGCCCACGGGCCACAAGGAAAAGAGAAACUACAAGCCUCAACUUCAAGAUCAAAAAGAGGAAAGAGAGAAGAUAUGUUUGAAAAACACGCAAUAAGU